UGAAACCCCGUAUAAAUGCCGAGUUUGUGGAUGAUUGCUCAGUUAGUAUGCUGUGUUAAGGGUUUGGAAAAUGUGGCAACGCAUUUUGUGUUUCUUUCUGGCGGCACGUUGUGCAGUCGCUGUGGACAGUGAUGUAGAGAAGCUUUUCCGCGAUAUGGAGGUAGUGUCUGAUAUACUGGAUGAACCGCCCAAGGAGAUGCUGAAGAUUGAAUAUAAUGACGGCUUAGAGGUUGGCAACGGCGAGGAGUUCACACCCACUCAAACUAAAGACGAACCCAAGCUAUAUUGGACAUCCGAGCCGGAUGCAUACUACACAGUUAUCAUGGUUAAUCCGGAUAUACCAACGCGCCAGAAUCCGCUGCUGCGCGAAUGGCUACACUGGUUGGUUGUCAAUGUACCGGGUGUCGAUAUCGCCAAGGGUGAUAUCAUAGAUCCCUACAUUGGACCGAUGGCACCUAAAAUGAGUGGCGUACUGCGUUACGUGUUUCUUAUUUACAAGCAACCUGGUAAACAAGUGUUCGAUGAAGCCAAGAUUACCAACACUGAUGUUACUGGACAUGAGAAGUUCUCUUCCAUGGGCUUUGCUGGGAAAUAUAAUAUGGAAUUGGUGGCUGGUAACUUGUUUCAAGCGCGAUGGGAUGAACUUGUGCCCAGUUUGCAUAAACAAUUUGGUAUAAGUUUAUAAAAGUGAAAGGACAAGAAAAAUAUUUGUUAAAGAAGUCUGUAUUAUGCAGCAGAUUCUUACGUUGAAGUAAUUGAGUUUUUAAAGGAUUUUAUUGAAGGUGGGGUAGAAACAGUAUUUUAGGAAACGGUAAAAAAAUUAUAUUUUAGUAAGGUUUUUGUAAAUUUUUGAAGCUGGUACUUAGUUUGUUUGGGAAUUAGCUGGAAUAUGAGGAAA